GCGCCCGGUUGGUGAGUGGGUGGGUCGGUUGCCUGGCAGGGUCGAGCUGCUCCGCCGUCGCUGCCGCCGCAGCCUCCCAGCCGCCUCAGUCCCAGCGGCGACCCCUCCGUGCCAUGGCGAAGGCGCACCGGCGGCGGCAGAAGAAGAAGAAGCAGCAGCAGCGAAGCCCUCGGCCUCUCCCUGCCGACACGUAGCGGGGCCGCGUCGCCCGGCGAGGAGGGAGCGGGUAGAGAAGAUGGAAGGCAACAGCCAGCUUUGCAUUCAGCGUUGGUCUACCAGGCAUGUAGCCAAAUGGCUGAAGGAAGAAGGCUUCUGUGAGUAUGUGGACAUUUUGUGUGACAAGCACAGAUUAGAUGGAAUUACAUUACUGACGCUGACUGAAUACGACUUGAGGUCUCCUCCUCUGGAAAUCAAGGUUCUAGGUGAUAUCAAGCGGCUCAUGUUGUCAAUUCGCAAGUUACAGAAGCACCACAUUGAAGUUUUGGAAGAGCUUGGUUAUAACAGUGAUAGUCCCAUUGGUUCCCUGUCACCUGUGAUUGGCUCCCUUCAAGGAACAGACUGGCUUUGCAAUGGCGAGGUUCAACGGGAUUGUGAUGACUGUGAGCCUGUUGCCGAUUUGAACCCUGAUCAGUAUGCAAAUGGAAAAAACAAACAUCCUACGCGAAGACUGAACCCAGAGUAUUGGAAGACAGCUUUGAGUUGUAUAUAUGUUUUUAUUGUGUUUGGCUUCACAUCAUUUGUCAUGGUUAUCGUGCACGAGAGAGUUCCUGACAUGCAGACAUACCCACCACUACCAGACAUAUUCCUAGACAGUGUUCCUAGGAUACCGUGGGCUUUUGCCAUGACUGAAGUAUGUGGUGUGGUUCUCUGCUACAUCUGGCUGCUCGUUCUUCUACUUCACAGACACAGGUCGAUCCUUCUGCGACGGUUAUGCAGUCUUAUGGGGACAGUGUUCUUGUUGCGUUGCAUUACAAUGUUUGUGACCUCAUUAUCUGUGCCAGGCCAACAUCUGCAGUGUUCUGGGAAGUUGUAUGGCAACGUGUGGGCAAAACUUCAGCGAGCCUUUGCAAUCUGGAGUGGGUUUGGCAUGACGCUAACAGGAGUACAUACCUGUGGAGACUACAUGUUCAGCGGCCAUACGGUUGUCCUAACCAUGCUCAACUUCUUUGUCACCGAAUAUACGCCAAGAAGCUGGAAUUUCUUGCACACACUGUCCUGGGUGCUGAAUCUCUUUGGGAUUUUCUUCAUUUUGGCAGCCCAUGAACAUUACUCCAUAGAUGUCUUCAUUGCCUUCUACAUCACCACCAGACUAUUUUUGUCGCAGGCGCGGCCUCCCAGCACCAUCGAAACCCGCGAUUCUCGUUCGUUCGCACUGCGCAUGUCUGCUCGGCUGCCCCGUCGCAGUCCGCCCCUCUUCUCCUCCCUCCGAAGUCCUGCCCCCUUUCCGCCCCUCCCUCCUCGAGCCGAGGACCCCGCCGGCCCGCGGCAUCUCCUCGGCAGGGCUGUCUACUCCAGCGCCUGCGUGGGCCGCGAGACUUCCCGCGCCCAUCCCCGCUCUCUCUGCAUCCCUCCUCCUGCAUUUUGCCGCCAAGUGUCUCCUCGGCGCUCGCUUGCUCGCCGCCGGCCCGUCUCCGUAAGCGUCCCCGGGGCCGCUCCAACUUAG